GAAGCCUAUAAUCUUUAGCGUUAUUUUAAAAUUUGUAACCACAUUCUAAAUUUGUACUAAUGUUAUUUAAACUCUCUUUCAUGGUACAUGAGCAUCUUUCUAAUUUUAUACCAAUUAAUAUUUUCAAAACUUCAUGUCAUCCCUAAAUUAGUGGACUUACCAUUAUAAGAUCGCUAUUUUCUAGAGAAACAUAGACAACAAAGGUUUCAAGCCUCUUUGACCAUCGUCAUAUGUUAUUUUAGGAUGCAGCUAUGCAUUAAAACAAUAUUGUUAUAUUUUUGAUUUUUUUCAAAAUCUAUGUAUAAACCCAUACAAAAUAUUGAGUUUUACGUUAAACGUUCUAUAUACUGGAGCCUAAACUUUUUAGUGUUGUUUUCAAAUUUUUAUCCACAUUCUACAUUUGAAUAAAUGUAAGUUAAACUCUCUUUUAUGGAAUAUGGAAAUCGUUAUAAUUUGUUAAUCAAUUAAUUUAGUAAAAUUUUAUAAUACCCCCUAAAUAGGUGGAAUAACCACUGUAGAAUCGCUAUUUUCUUAAAAAACGGAGAUAACAAUGACUCCAAACCUCUUUAAACAUCAUCAUAUGUUAGUGCAUGAUGCAACUAUGCAUUAAAAAAUAAUGUCAAUUUUUUUGAAAUUUUCGCAAAAUUUAUGUGUUAAUCCUCUACGAAAAUAUUGAGUUUUUGGUAAAUUCUUUAUAUACUGAUUUAUAUACGUAUGCCAUAUCAUUUUACCCUUGAGGGCAAUGCUUUUCUUAUUCUUGUUGGUUUCUAGUGCUUCUUUCAAUUUUGGUUGGCAACUUAUGUAAACCCUCGGUCAUAACAAUUUCAACUCUAUUCCAUUUUAUAUUCUAAAACUCAUUUGUAGUAAAAUAUAUUUUAAUUCUAUUUUAUUUUUAACUCUAAAAGAAAAUUAAAAAUGGAUUUAUUCCAUUUUGGAGUAAUCUUAUUUUUUCAUCAUUCCAUUUUUAACUUUAAAUUAGGAAUAGUAUAAAACUUAAUUAACUAUUUUAAAGUUACUUUAUUUUGAAAUAAAAGAUAUAGUAACACAUUAAAAAUGUUCUUAGAGUAAUAAUACGUACUUAUAUUAACAAAAUUAUAUUUAAGUAAUCUAUGACCAUUUCAUCAGUCAAUCCCCAAUUCCUUUUGGAGCAAAUAAAUUAGUAGCCCAAUUCUCCUUAGAGCAGCAUUAUUGCAGUAUGUAAAACGGUUUUUUAGGCAAAAAGGUGUGUGUGGGCUACACCAAUAUUUUAAAAACGGUGACAGAAGAGGUGAGUUGAGAAUCGUUUCAGAUGGAUUUUGUGCACUGUUUACGGGUUCCACCGAUACGUGGCGGUCAGUGAUUUGUGCGAUUUAAAUUUUUUUUUAAAUCAGAUAAAAAAAUAAUUAGAAACCCAAAAAAGGGUUCACCAGAUAAUCAUGCUCGGACGGAUGCGUUUGUUAAACUUAAAUAUCUUACAGUCAAUUUAAUACGCGUCUAAGUUUCAUUACUAAUGAUUUAAUUAUCUUUCACGAAAAACACGAGUAUAUUUAUCAGUUUAUGGAUAGUCUAACUCGUACGUCAUACAUAUGAUUUUACAUGACUUACGCCAUGAUUGAACUCACAAAUUGUAAUAAUCUGCUUUACUUUCUCACGUGCACUUAUAAAAACCGUUUAGAUGAUCACUGGAUCAAGCUUCCACAUAACUAUACAUACAGUGUAAACUGAACUAUCAUUCCAAGCUAUAGAUGAAACUAGAAGGCAUCUUCGUAGUUCGUAUAUCUACUUGUAAUAAAUAAUAGACUCCAAAACAAAUGUUUAGUUCACACGUUUUCUUUUUAAGCUAGUGAUCCGUGUGUACACAUCUCUUGGACAUAUAACUAAUUUUCGUUUUCAGUCUCUAUCCAAAGUAUUUUUAGGAAACAAAAAAAAGAAUGUUGUCCCAAAAAAAAAAAAAAAUCUUUGUUAGCAAAAAAAAAAAAAAAGAAUCUUCUACUUCAGAAAAAAAAAAUCCUACUUACACGUACUGACGCCCGUAACUCUUUUUUAUUAUUUAAUUAAUAAACAAUUUUAUUGAUUCUUAUUCCUCAGAGAAUAUAUAUAUAUUUGUAUUUAAAACCAAAACCUUCAAAAAAAUAGAACUUUUUGUUAUUUUUGUCUUCUUCCUCGAUUCCAUGCAUGAGUUCCCGAAAAGAAACCAGUAAAGAAUAUGUACAUGUUAAGUUCAAAAAAAAAAGAAUAUGUACAUGCAUGCAUUUUCCUUCUUUAUUUCCUCUCUUUUUGCCCUUUUGGAUCCUUUUUUAUUGCGUUCAUAUGUUUUUAAUUCUUCUGUAGAGCUUUGCACUAAUCUUUGUUCAGAUUCACACGUACGCAUUGCAUUGUCUGCUAUAAGCAAAUCAAAAUUCAAAAGGUUUUUUUUUGACGCGUUUCAACUGUUUUAACAAGUACACUAAUAUAAGUGCAUGAUUUAUGUGUCUCGAAUAUUACGAUAGCUAGAAAACUAAAUAAAUUUCCAAAGCAUAUGCAAAACUUCAGCUUUACGUUUUUGUUUUUGUGUUUUUGUUUUUGUCUGUAUAAUGUUCACACAGACAAAAAUCCUUCUAUAAAUACCUUCAGAAUUGCGCUCACUACAAAACCCUAACUAAUAUCUUUCUUCCACUUUCCUUCUUCUUCUUUGUUUCUAAAAACACUAUAAUUUAAGUGAAAUCUGAAAAGAUGGCGAAUCAGAGGAAUUAUGGGAAGAGGCCUUCUCGAGCCGGUGAAUCAGAAAAGAAGGAAACUGAAGAUGAGGAGAACAUAUUUCCUUUCUUCUCGGACCGUUCCCAAUACGACACACGUGCCAUGGUCUCAGCCUUGACUCAAGUCAUUGGAAACCAAAGCAGUACUCAUGAUGAUAAUCAACAUCACUCUGAUGAGUAUAAUCAACAAGAUUCUACCCAACCUAUUUCUCCUAAACAAGACCAAGGAGACUUGAGGAAGAGACAUUAUAGAGGGGUAAGGCAACGACCAUGGGGAAAAUGGGCUGCCGAAAUCAGGGAUCCACAAAAGGGAGCACGCGUGUGGCUUGGGACAUUUGAGACAGCUGAAGCUGCGGCCAUAGCUUAUGAUGAAGCAGCUCUUAAGUUCAAAGGAAGCAAAGCCAAACUUAACUUCCCUGAGAGAGCUCAACUAGCAAGUAACAGUAAUAGUACUAUUACUGGUCUACCAAACUAUUUCUCUUCUAACAAUCAAGUUUACUACUCCAAUCCACAACCCACACCAUAUGAUAACCAGUACUACUAUAACCAAUAUCUUCAGCAAGGGGGAUAUAGUAACGAUGCAUUAAGUUAUGAUAUGGCCGGUGGGGAAACCGGAGGCUUAAUGUAUAAUCAUCAGACAUUAUCUACUACAACUUCUUCAUCUUCUGGUGGAUCUUCAAGGCCACAAGAAGAUUACACCAGAUAUUUGCAUUUUGGAGAUUCUUCUCCUUAUUCGGGUUUUUGAGAUCCUCAUAUAAAUAAUUAAGGGCUUUUGGGUGAUCGACUUGUUAUGAGGAGAUCAUAUGUUCCUUGAAUGUUUUGUAUCUUUUUUUUCACUAUGCUUUGCGUGUGUUGUUUGUGAUCAUUUUGUUUAUUUCUUCUUUCAAGAAUUUUCAGGUUCUUUGUUACCAACCCUUGGACUUGGGUUUACUUUCAUAGCUAUAUACAAAAAUGUUACCCUUAAAUGUUAUGUAGCCUCAAAUAAGCACACACUUGCAUACAUAUUAUUCAGUGGUUUGAUUCUCAGUAGAUGAUGGUAGCGGAUAUAUCAUUCGGAGUGUCUAACGUAGAUGAUCAAAACAAAUAUAAAAUCACGUUUAUUAUCCAAUAACACCGUCCACCGCAGUUAGAAUGUAUUUCCAAUAUAAGUCAAGGUCCCAAACGUCUUGAUUUUUCUGUCAUAGCCAGUAUAAUGAGACUUUGACAAGCCAAUUUUUUUUUUUAAGGAACUGGUACGUACAAGUAACAACAAUGAAAAUUUGACCAAGACAGACUCCCCAAAUGUUUGUUGUAAGUCAUUGAUUUUGUCAAUCCAAAGUGGUUGACUCCCUUUGACCCAUGUUUUCUUAUCCCUCUUAAUAAUUUUAAUUUCUCUCGUCUUUUAUUUUAUUAAUUUUUUUACACAUUUUUUUUAUCAAAUUUUUUUCAUUAAUAAACUUUAUUAUGGUAUACAGUACAAUGUCACAAUGAUAUAGGCAACUUAUAAUGUAGAUUCAUAAAUGUAUUACACAUAUAAUCAAAAGCAGGUCGUUACCAUUUCGAGUUAGAUUCAAUGUACAUGUGUUUCAGAUGAAACAAUAUGAUUUCGUUUUGUAAUUUAGGGCCUCGUCUUUCAUAUAUCAAUUGAAAUGAUGGUUAUGAUCAUGGAUUUCGUUAUUUUAAAAAACCUUCCGACCAACGCGUUGUCUCCUCUUUCUUUUGUCUCUUUCACAAUUUGGAACCUUUCUGUUGACUUAUUCGUGUUUCUUAUUGGUAUAUGAAUCUCAGCCGCCAACAAAAAUUUGUACUUUCGACACACUCGCGGAACUUCAAAGGCAUUAUAUUCUCUUAAGUAUUUUAAAAUUGACACGCGGGAUGUGGCGCUGAGUUACACCUUCGUCUACGCUAAACCCAUACUACACAAAACCGUUUUUCUUCUGUUCCAAUCGUAAAAUCGUUCUUAGAAUUGUAGAACCGGUCUUAGGUAUAACCAAAUGAAAUAUUUGUUUUAGGUUCUUAAUAUUUUUUGACUUAAUAUAUAUAAAUAAAACUUCAAAUUGUUUUAAAAAGAUUUUAAUAAAAUUAUUAUUAAUUUUCAGAAAGACUUCACAAUUUCAGUACCGGUUUUGUUUUAGAUAUCCCUAUAAAAUAGUAUAUAGAAAAAUCGUAGUUAAAAAAAAAACUAUUGAUCACUCUCUAGUAGAUGACUAUUUGCCUAAUAAAAUAGAUUAUCCCUAGCCUGAUUAUUUGUCAGGAUUUUUGUUGAUUAAUUCUUUGCUUAAAUUUUCUUAGCAAUCUUUAAAAACAUAUUUCAUUUUGGCAUGUAAUACAAAGGCAUGGCAAGUGAUCGAUCAAACAUGUCAUAGUAUUGCUAAUAAUUAUACUCAAACUCUUUGAUGUGAAGUUCAGAUAUCGACCGUUCCUUACAAAAUAAUUCAAAGUAUUACAACAUAAAUACAAUUAUUAUCGAUCAUCCCGACAGACAGAAUAUGAAAGUGGAUCGACACCUGAAAGUGGGGGAUGGUCGCACCCGCACGCACGCGGGCCUGGCGCCUCCCUUUCAACCUUUGCGGCCUUCUAAGCUCUCACAAAUCUCAACCACUUUAUUUUCAAACUUAUUGGCCUAAAGACUACGUAUGCAAACUGUGCAUGCGUACUACUUAUCAUACAAAAUAAAAUAAAAAUACGUAUGUUACAUGCAGUAUCAUUAUCAAUGUACAAAUCGCUACCUAACUGCUCACACUCAUUGUAUACAGCGCAACCAAAUUCAGUUCCCCCAAAUAGUCCGUCUUAUUUCACAACCGCAUUUAAACUUUUUUUCGUAAUACACGUUUUAAAAGUGUAAAGAAGGUAUAAAAUCAUUAAUUUGAUUCGUAGUCACGGUGAGAGCUGUUGAUAUUCGUCGGUGAAAGCAUGAACCUUGUAUUGAAAGAGAAACACGUAGAAUCAUAACUUUUUGGUUUGUCUGUGAAACAGGUAUUAUGGGGAACAAAGAAUAUGUCUGUAAAAAAAGAAGAAGCAAAGUGAAUCUUUUUUUUUUUUAAGCAAAGUGAAUCUUGAGCCAGUAGAGUAAUGAAAGCACUUUUCUUUUUCAUAGAAGAAAAGCCGAAUAUUCAGUAAUAAAAGCCAUUAUAUGAUUCUUUUGAAGUUUCACUUUCCAAAAUUAGAGCGACAAGAAAACUGCACUUUAAGCCCCAGGGGAUAAAACAAAACAAAACAAAACA